CUCCUUUAAUGUAACGUACCUACAUCGUAGUCACUAAACACUCUUCACUUACUCCGCGGACUAGUCAAAGGAUUUGACCUCAACUCAAAAAUUAACAAAAGUGUAAUAAUUGCUAAGUGAUAAUGAGUUCCCAUGUGUGAUUUAGAAUAUGUUUAGUGAAAUGCGAAUUUAAAUAUAUAUAUCUAAUAAUAUAUCAGAUAUAAAUCCAAUAUUAUAUAGACAAAAUGGUUAUUAAUACAAUUUUGGACAGAAUCGUUCCUCCUAAAGAGGAUACCAUAGAGGAAAACAAAGUUCCAGUGCAACAAGUACCAUAUGUAAUAUUAUUUAUGGGCGAAUUCUUAGCAACGGCUAUUCUCAUGUAUAUUGGUUGUAUGGGAUGUGUGUUGGAAUUUCCUGGUGGUCCCAUAUUACCGGCAUUUGCUUUCGGAUUUGCAAUUGUAGCAUCUGUUCAAGUAGUAGGUCACAUUACAGGAUGCCACAUGAAUCCUGCAGUAUCACUGGGCAUAUUAAUUUUAGGGAAAAUGGACUGGAAAAUGUUUCUGGUAUAUUUACCGGCUCAGUAUUUGGGAGGAAUGGCUGGAUAUGCUGCCUUAAAGGCAAUGAUGCCCAGUGGUUACCAGAUAUGUGUAUUGAAGCUAGCAUAUGGUGUAACGUUUAUUCAAGCGUUCUUUAUAGAAUUCACUGUCACUUUUGUUCUAAUGUUAGUUGUCGCUGGUUCUAUGGACACUAAGAAUAGUAUGAAAAUCGAUUCCUCCCCAUUACGAAUUGGACUGUCAAUUAGUGGAUUUAUUUUUGCGGCGGCACCGUUCACAUCAGCCGCUCUUAACCCAGCGAGGAGCCUUCCUCCUUCGUUACUAAAUAACCAUUGGGAUUACCAUUGGAUAUUCCACGUAGGACCUUUUCUUGGAGCUAUAAGCGCUGCUUUUGUAUACCGAUAUAUAUUCGAGGAAAAUGAAAAAUAUUCUGUUUAUCGACUUACACAAAAAAGAAAAUAAAAACUUUAAGGAAAUUAAUAUAUUU